AUGGAACCGCAAACUCCGUCGUUAAACUCCAAGCUCCGUCUCCUCUGUAGCUACGGUGGCCGGAUAACACCCAUUCCACCGUCAAACACCCUAGAAUACAUCGGUGGCGAGACCCGCAUCGUCGCCGUGCCACGUGACAUCUCCUUUUCCUCUUUCUUCCAGCUUCUCUCGGUCAAGCUUCUCUAUGGUCGCACAUUCUCACUCAAGUAUAGACUCCCUGGCUGCGACCUCGACUCUCUCGUCACCGUUAAUGACAACGAAGAUCUACAAAACAUGAUCGCUGAGUAUGACUCAGCUAGUCCCGACCGUAUCCGUCUCUUCCUCUUCCCGUUCGAGUCAUCAACUCGUCAUCCUCUUUCGGCUAACUUUCUUGGACUCGAGUCGCCUAUACAGAAAAUAAUCUACACAUCUUCGUCUUCCGUUGCUCCCUUCCCGAUAUUCCCGCAAAGUAUCGAUACGGGGGUGAAGCGUGUGGAUCACGGCAAGAGCCAUGCAACAUCGGAAGAUACUACUAAUGACGAGGAUCAUAUAACCUCAGCCUCGGAGUUGAACUCCGAGGCUGAGGCUGGAGUUUUGGAUAAAGAAACAGAGAGAGUAGAGAAUAAAGAUGAACCACGGCGAAUAGUUGUCCAAGAGUCUUUUCAGCAGCAGCAAUUUUUACCGAUAAUAUAUUUACCAGUCUUGCCGAUGCAGCCACAUAUGGUGACUCGUUCGGUGAAUGGUUACGCUUUGUCUCCGGCGAUGGAAUGUUCUCCUGGAGUAGAUCCUGUGCUGGAAAAUAAGGAGAGCACGACCUGA